CCCGCGAACCAGAAGCAGCAGAUCCGGUGACGGACAGAGAAGCAGGCAGGAGCUGCUGCUGCCCCGGGAAGUCAGCGGGCCGCCGGAGUCACUCUGCACACGGCAACGCCAUUUCACCUCUGGCUGCGGGAGCGUCGCACUGAAAGCUACAGAAUGGCGGUGGAUAUCUAUGACUCUCAGUACCUGCUCAUCCUGGCCCCUUCUCUGGUCAUCGCCCUCAUGUUCCUGUUCUUCUGGCUCUUCAUGAAGGAAACCUCCUACGAUGAGGUGCUGGCCAGGCAGAAACGUGACCUCAAGCUGCCACCAUCCAGGCCAGACACUCGUAAGAAGAAUGAAAAGAAGAAGAGCAAGAAGAAGGAAAGUACCAGCGGGGGAGGCAGUGGAGGUGGCGGAGGAGAGUCUGAAGAGGACAUGCGAGACUUUGAUAUUGCUGAUGGCGCCAACAGUUCCACUCUAGAGGGAGAGGAGGAACCUACACCUGUGGCUACACCAGAUCCUUCUCCACCAACUCCUACUCCUUAUGUGGCUGCUCCGGUGGCAACUGAGGCUCCUGCCGGUCUGAGGGAGAGAAAGAAGAAGGAGAAAAAGGCUGCCAGGGCUGCUGCAGCUGCAGCUGCCGCCGCUGCUGCGGCUGAUGCAGCUACAGCUCCCUCCGUUGAGGAGCCAGAAGUGAACGGAUCCAAGCCGGUCAGCCGCAAGGCAGAGACACCUCUGGCUGCUAGCAAACAGUCCAGCCCACCCUCUCCCCAGCUUGAGGUUCAGGUCCAGGUCCAAUCUGCUCCUGUUCAGGCUCAGACACCUCCUCAGAUCUCUGGGAAGAAGGAGAGGAGGAAGAAGCAAAAAACAGAGCAUGUGGAUGAGCAGCAGCCAGAGGUUAAAGCAGAGCAGGCUCCAGCACCAGUCAAGAAGGAAGCUCCCAUUGUGGCUGAAACCAAAGUUCUGGAUGGUGCAACCCCAACUGUUACUGCUGGGAAGAAGAAGAACUCUGCCAAGAAGCAAAAAACCGAGCCUGUAGAUGAUGCCCACGUUCUGGCUGACUCAGCAGCUUCUGCCAACCACCAGGCUGCUCAAAACGACGAUGUACCGUCCAAAGGGUCUGGCAAGAAACAGAAGAAUGAGACUGACAAAGAGAACACAGAGGUGAAACUGAAGGAGCUGCUGUCUGGUCUGUCCAGCCUGGCUCUGUCAGAGGCUGAGGCCGUCAGUGUGCUGGCCCUCCUCAGGGAGAAGAGUCCCAAUGCUUUGGAUGCCUGGCACAAAUCUGCAGCCAGGCCUGACCCAGCUGCCCAGGAAAGAGAGAGACUGCUAUCAACUCUCCAGGAGGAGGCCUCCAUUGCCAAGGACAAAGUGAAACAACUCAGCCAGGAGCUUCAGGUGGAGAAGCAAAAGACAGGAAGGGUGGAGGCCAUGAUGAGAGAGCAACGUGCAGCCAUGGAGAAAGAACUGGGUGGAAUGCAGGCCAAGGCGCAGGGCAGCUACCAGGACAACCAGACCAUUCAGAUAAAGUUCCAACAGGUGAGGGAGCAGCUGGAAAGCCAGAUCACUCGCCUGCAGCAGGAGAACGGCAUCCUGAGGGACGCGGUCAGCUCGGCCACCAACCAGAUGGAGAGCAAGAAUUCAGCAGAGCUGAACAAGCUGCGUUCUGAGUACGCCGGUCUGAUGAAAGAGCUGGCAGACAACAACGGCAAGCUGCAGCAGGAGGAGCACCAGAGGAAGUCACUGGAGGUCGGCUACAAGCAGAACGUGUCCCAGCUGGAGGCCCAACUGCAGGAUGCCAAGAGACGCUGGGAAGAACUGCAGAACUUCCUCCACAGUGUCAAUGCCGAGAGAGAGAAUCUUCAGGCCUCUAAACAAGAGCUCCACAGCCAGAUGCUGGCAGCCGAGACAGAGAUGAACAACAAGAACAAGGAGAUCCAGACUCUACACAGCAGCCUGACAGACGCCAUGGUCUCGAAGGAGCGGCUUGAGCAGAGAGUGAGGGAGCUUAUGGAGAUGUCCCAGCACAGUAUGCCUGACGACUCACUGCAGACGCGUGUUCAGGAGCUUAUGAAUGAAAACAAGGGUUUCCAGGUCCAGAACGAGACACUGCAAGUCCAGAAUGAGAAUAUGCAAGCCCAGAUGUCUUCACAGGCUACUCAUUUCUCUCACAUUGAGGAGCUACAGAAGCUAUUGUCUGAAAAGGAGUUGCAGAGGAAGAGUCUGGAGGAUUCUCUAAAUGCUGAGAGGAGCAGUAUGGCCAGUAGAGAAACUGACAUGCAGGCCAUGCACAAUGACAACAUGUCAAUGAAGGCAGAGGUUCAGAAUCUGCAGGCACAGAUUUCUGAUCAGACUGCGUCCCAGCUGGUGUUGGACCAGUUCCAGAAGAGUGUCCGGGAAAAAGAGGAGAACAUGAAAACCGUAGAGGACCUGCUAGAGAAGGGGCUGAUUGAAGUGGCCAACAAGGAGGAAGAGCUCAAGGCUGUAAGAGAAGAGAAGGAGGCACUAAAACAAGAAAUCGAGAGUCUUAAGGGACAAUCGGCAGAACAGGCAUCAUCAGAGUCGAUAGUGGAGGAGCUCCAGAGCAAGAUCCAAGAGAAAGAUGUGAAGCUAAAAUCAAUGGAGGAGAGUUUACAGGCAGCACAAGAUGGCAUUUCUACCAGAGACAAGACAGUUGAGUCUGUGGAGCAGCAGUUGGCCACCCUGCAGGCAGAAAUGGAGCAGCUGAGACAGAAAGAGAUGGCAGAUGAGUUGACCCACUCAUCUGGCUUGGCCGCCCUGCAGGCAGAAAUGGACCAGCUGAGCCAGAAGUGUAUGACAGAUGAGUUGACCAACUCGGCUGCUCACCUCCAAGAACACCAGGAUCACCUCGCGGCGAAGGACCAGCAGAUCCAGAUGCUGCAAGCUGAGCUGGAGGCACAGACUAAAGACAUGAGUGAGAAGAUGGAGCAGCAGUUGCACACAGCAGGGCCAAACCCAGAGCUUCUUGCAGCGUUGUCAGAGAAGGAUCAGCAGGUGGCAGAUCUGCGGGGUGAGGUGGCGGAGCUGAGGGACUCGCUGGACCUGCAUAGGAAGAAGAACAACGAGCUCCGGGAGAAAAACUGGAGUGCAAUGGAAGCUCUGUCUGCCACCGAGUCCAUGCUUCAAGGAAAACUCAGCAAAGCUGUCAAGGAGAACGAGACAACGCUAGCAACAUUUCAGGCCGAGUGUCGAGAUGUUCUGCACAGACUUCUGCCCCAUGUGCCUCUGCCCACUGAACAGAACCAUGAGGAGUGGCUCCACAAAUUUGAGAUGGCAGUAGCUGAAAACUCAGCUGCACAGUCCACCCCUGCAUCAGGGGACUCUGAGGGCAUGGCUGAGAAGCUGAAAGAAUCUGAAGAAUCCCAAAGGAUCCUACAGAAAGACUGUGAGACGUACAAGAAGGUGUUGGCAGAGACGGAGGGUAUCCUGCAACGCCUCCAGAACAGCGUGGAGCAGGAGGAGUCUCGCUGGAGGGUGAAGCUGGAUGUCGCGCAGGGCGAAGCCGGAGAGAUGAGCCAGAAAGUCACAGCUUUGGAGCAGGAGAUUGAGAGACUAACAGAUGGAGCAGAUAUGGAAAAUCUGAGAAGAGAAAAGCAGCAUUUGGAAUCCGAGCUGGAGAGGGCAGAGCGUGAGAGCGCCACCUAUGUGACAGAGGUUAGAGAGCUCAAAGAUCUGUUGACUGAAUUGCAGACCAGACUUGAUGGCUCAAAUACAGAGGCUUUCAGACAGAAUGAGGAGCUGAAUUUGCUGAAAACCCAGCUCACUGAGACUCUGUCCAAACUGGAGGGGGAAGAGACCGAGAGGCAAAAGGUGGCUGGUGAUUUGCAUAAGGCCCAGCAGUCUCUUGAUCUGAUUCAGGGGGAGCUCUCAAAUGUGACGGACAAUGCGGAUGGCCUGAUUGAGAAUAGCAGUCCGUCAUCACAGGGGGAGGCGAUCGACAGAAAGGAGAAAAUGGCUGCAGGUCUGAACCAGACAGUCCGAGAGCUACAGCAGUUGCUACAAGGCGUCAGCCGGCAACUCGCCAAGGGACAGGAAGGGGUGGCUGACAAAGAUCUGCCCAAGGUAUAGUGAGAGGAGGAUCGACGCCCAUGCAGCCACCCUGCACCACAGAGACCACCUAUGACCUUUGGUCUCAUCACUUACCACCAUUACACCAUACCGUCACAUCCAGCCACCUCCCCUCUCCCAACCUCCGACACCUCACCGGCACUGUAUGCAGCCGCCAACUGACUGUGGCUGAGGCGCUGGCCAACAACUCCCAGACUCACUGUUCGCCAUAAGGCAGCAGGCAGAUGAUACUGUUAAUUCCAAACACUGUACCAAAACACACACUACUCCACUCCCACCACAUUCCUCUUCUUCAGCAUCACAGCCGGUUAAUUUUUAUUCUAAACUUAAAACCACAUCCAGCAUAAUUUAAACAGCGUGGCAUUCCUCUUUAAAAUCUGUAUUUUUCAAUGAAAUCUUUUUUGAAUCCUGCAGUAGUUUUUGUUGUUUGGAGGGCAGUGAUACAAAUUUCCAACUUGGGUUUUCAGUCCUUUUUUUCCUUAACUUAAAGAUAUGUCUUGUUUAAAUGUACCAUUAGGGCCUGCUGAAACACACUGUUGUCGAUCUGUUUGUCUCCUGAUGAGAAAAACUGUCAAGACCUGUGCAUCUUCGUGCAUUCAUUAAUUCAUAGCUCCAUGCAUACCAUGGCUCAGUAUUGGGUGGGAGAGGGAGAUCAGUUGGGGUCUCAGCAUAUCAGAUGGGUCACUAGGUGACUGUAACCAUGGAGAUGAUUGACAAACUGUAGUCAGAUCUGUACUGCAGCUCCAGAGAGACAGAAGUCUGGGACCCUGGCUGGGGGGGAAGGUCCAGGUCAGCAGUGUAGAGGUUUUUAAAUCCUACUGCAAAUACUCUAGGAAUAAGUGUCCCAUAUCAUCUGUAAUCAACACUCGCUAUAUUAUUGCUAAGUUCAUUAACACUGAAGUUUUUGUUCUUUUUGUAACUGGUGAUGUUAAUAAAAAGGGAUGCUUGAUAAAUCUG